GACAAACUUGCAUAAGCCUUCCCGUCCGAUUCUCUUCCCGGAUGCGCUGCCCUAAUCUUCUUCACCAAAAAUUCGCUGAUUUUUCGCGAUAAUCUUCGCCGAAGGAAAGGAAAUCUGCACCAUAGACAAAAUCCGCUGAUUCUUUGCGGAUUUUUCGCGUCAGUUUUGAGAUCUAGAACGUCAAGAUCCACUUAUUCUUUGGCUUCAAUUCUAGAAUCAGGACGUGAAGGAGAUUUCCCUGGCUGAAAGUGGCGGCCAUGGCUAACUUCGGCUGGGCUUGGGUUAUAAUCCACUCAUUCUGAGAUUUCCCAAUGGUUAAUAUUUGUUGAUGGAUAGAGAACAAGAUAAACAGGCAGGUGACAUUCUCAAAGAGGAGAAGUGGUUUGGUCAAGAAAGCCCAUGAAAUCUCUGUUCUUUGUGAUCGAUGCAGAGGUUGCCUUGAUUGUCUUCUCCCAUAAAGGAAGGCUCUUUGAUUACUCCACUGAUUCUUGGUAUUUUAUUUUCUUUCUUUCUUUCUUUUUCUUUAAUUAAUCAUAAUAUUAUAUGAUAUGAUAUGAUGAGUUUUCAAGAUUGAAUUCUAUCUUUCACAGAUGAGCUUUGCUUGCUUGCUAGGGUUUGUUUCUUUUUUAUUUAAUUUCCAAUUUCAUAUAUGACACAUCUCUUCAAUUCUUUACACAUAUUUGAUUCGUUAUUCUUUCUUUCUUGUGCAUUUCUACAUAUAUAAUUCCAUCAGAUUUAUUAGCUGGCUGGAGAUUCAAUUCGCUACUUUCGUAACCCUAGCGCCAGAAUGAAGACAAAGCAUAGAGUGGGUAACAAUGCAAUGAUGAUGAAUAGCAGCGCCAGACUAGGGCUUUACCUAAAAGCAUCGACGACGGCGCAUCACAACCGCACAGAGAUUCAGAGACGAGGGUAUUUUAUUUUUCUCUUGAUUUAAUUUUUAAAAUUUGGACUUCUCAAACAACCAAUGAAAUAGAUAUCAUUUUUUCAUAUUUAAUUUUACUAUUUUUACAUUUUCUAUAACAUGAUAUUUUUGAGUCCAUGGGCUGUUUGUUGAUGGGCUGAAUUUCAGUGGUGGACAUUAGAGAAAUAAGUGACCUGGCACAUAAGCACAAUGUAUAUGUUAGCAGUGGUGGUUGUAUUGAGAAUCUUCUUCGUAAAGGUCCUUCAAAUCUUAAUGAAUAGAUUGAGGUACACGGGGAAGAUGGAUAUUUUUUCCUUCUUCAAAUGCACACUACUAUAUUAUUAACACUUGUGAGUUAUUUGUAAUGAAGUUUUGCUAGGAAUGCAAGCAAUUAGGCUUUGAUUCCAUUGAGAUUGACUUUACUUCCUUAGGUCUUAUGGAGGAAACUCUUGUGAGAUAUGUGCGGUUGAUCAAGAGUGGGGAACUUGUGAGAUAUGUGAGAUUGACUUUACUUCCUUUGUUUUGUGCUAAUAAGUUUUCCGAUUUUGAAACUUUUAUGGUAUUUCAAAGAAAUGUUAUUCUUCAUUUAGAUAAUUGAUGUUAUUAGUGGUGGAAAAUGUUGACACAGAAUCAUGUGAUUUUAGAAACAAUGAUGCUGAAUAUUCUUUAUAUUCAAACAAUAUCAAGGUUAAUGGAUUCGCUUCUAUAGAUCUACCUAUUUGUUUACCAAAAUAUUUGAAUUCAUAUGUAAUAUCUUGAUGCGUUAUAUCACGACCAAGAUAGGUCUCUAUUCUGUUUAUUUAAUUUUAGUUUUAAUAACACACCAUGGUAUUUUAAAGAUUUGUUGCAUUGCUUGGCAACAAUGCUAAACGUGGCAGUGACCAUAUCUUCAAGAUGGCUUAGGAAGAUGGAGAUUGAAACACUUAACAACACCUACUAGGGAGUUUUCCCUGAAUAUUGAUGAGGUUGGGGUUUAUGUGGGGCAAUUUGAACAAGAGAUUAUGUCUAGCAGACUUGGUAUAUAAACAUGAGUAUUACCAUUGAUUGCUUUCUAUUUGAGUUAAUUCAUUGAUUGUUGAAUUCUUAGAUUUGCAAAUUGCAUGUUUUUAUACGCAUGUUGUUAUAUGCUCCCACAUUUUUUUGUAUAUGCUAAGUUAUAAAUUCCCCGCUUGGCAAUAUUUUAGUAGUUUGAGGCUAGAAGAGGACAUUUAAUUUACACGGUAUUCUUUUAUUAUUUCGAGUAAAUUUUAGAGGUAAUAUACAAGCUUAUUUUUUAUGUUGAAAGUAGCUUCAAAUUUUAGAUAAGAUACUUUGGCUCUGAUUUUUGCAUUUAACAUAAUUGUAGAUGGGAUGAUUCAGAUCAUUAUACACAAUAGAAGAAAAUGGAUAGGAAGAGGCCGGAGAAGAUAAAGGACAUGCUGAGAUAGCUUUCGUUGUUAUUGUUUUUGGUUCAUCACCAAGUAAAAUGUUUUGCUCUCGAGUACUGUUGUGAUGAAUGACCUUCAAACAACAGUAAGCUUGCUUCCAGAAGUCCUUUAUUUACCAAAAUUCAAAAGACUAACGCUCACAGUGAAGGUAUAUAUCAUCUCUAUUUCUACUUUUUUAGGAGAUUAUUGCAUAAUGAGUUCAAUGAUUUAAAUCUCUGUUUCUUUAAUCUUCAAGCACAUAUAGUGUUACUUGAUAACCACAUUAUGUCGUCAUCUACGGAUAAAAUGAGCGGAUUUUAGCAAGUGUUCUCUAAGGUUUUUUUGGGUGAAGUUUGAUAUUGAUGCAACUGUUCAAAAGUCUUAUUCUCCUAGGUUUUUUUGUAGAGUUUCAGAUUUUUACAUGUAUACGCCAAAUGUUAGUACUUACCACUUUAUCAAUAAAUGGUACAUUGCAGCAUAUUGCAUUAUAGUUUUUAUAUCUUACGUUCCUUCAUAAGUUUCACCGUAAUUCAGUUUAAGAAAAAUAGAAUGCGGGUAUGCUCUAAUUCUUUAUUUAAUACUUCAUUUACAUUCCCCCCUCUAAUUUUUUUAAUUUACUAUCACAAAAAUCGAUUUGGUUAGAGUAGACUUUUCCAUGAUCUUUAGAUGUUGGUUUAAUGAAUUUUAAUCCAAACCACAAUGUAGGCUUUGAUGUGUGUAAUGUGAUACUUUUUUCUCUCCUUUAUAAUUAUUAUUCUAUUUGAUUCAUAAUUGCCUUUUAAUUGCUUAUGAGAUCAAUGUCUUGCUCCCAUCUAUAAUAGUUUCCCAUUUGUAUAUUCCUUUAUUUUUGGAUUAUCUUCCCCAUUAGAAUUGAAGAAUCUAUAUUGAUUACCUUUCCCCUAUACUUCAUAUAGUAGAAUUAUUGGUUUUUAUCCUGCUCCACUUGAGCAUAAUAGUUAGCUAAAGGCCUGUCUUUCAUAAGUGUGGAGUAUACGUAUAAAUUUUGAAGUAUAAUUUUUACAGAAACUAUAAUGUGGUAUUUACGUAUAAUAAUUGUUUGCUAUGUGAUAUAUCUUUUCUUUAUUUAUUUAGUUUUUAGGAUUACAAAUUUUGUAUGGUUCUUAUUUUUAGAAGUGUAUUUGUUUUAAUGGAAAAUGUAAUAUUUCUACUCACCUAUGACUAGAAUUGAAGAAUAGAGCCUUUAUGUAUGUAAAAUAUAAAAAACCAAUAUUCUAACUAAGUCUAAUAAAACCCUAUUUUUGUUUUAGUUUUUAAACGUUUCCCUAUCAAAGUAAAUUUUGAAUUCUAUACUCAUGUCUUUACAAAUUCUUCACACACCAAAUAUUUUGUAUCCAUAAAAUUAUAGCACUAUGUUCAUAUUUCUCAUGAACUUCUAAUAAGUAUUGAUGCUAGAUCGAUGUCUAAAGGGUCAUUUUACUUGCUUCCUUCACUAUAGUAUCAAUUGUGGUGCGUAUUGCUUUCUAACAAGCUUAGCAAAGAGCUUUAUUAUCAUUAUGGUGGCUCAUACUUGCCAAGCUCAUUGAUCUUAAAAGCUCUCGCAACUCAAAAGUGUAUUGAAAGCAUGUUCAUGGAGUGCUUGGACUUACAAGGAGAGACUAUUUUGAAAUAUGCUCUAAGUUGUAACCUUUUUAAUACCCUGACAAAAAUGAAAGAUACUAUCUGAUAAACGUGUAUAGGCAAUUUCCAAUGCAACACUUUAUAAGUUUGGCAAGCGAGAAUAAAUAGACAAUUUCAGUAAGCGUCCGUCUCCUCUCUCCAACCCCAUUCACUCACUCUGCAUCUGGUUCCGAAAAAAUACAUAUCCGUCUCCUCGCCUUAUCCCUUUUGCUCUGCUUCUGGUUUCGAUCAUCACAGCAAGGAGAACAUCACCCUUUCUGCUUUGCUUUUGGUUCCUUCCGUUCCCCAAAACUUCCGUCCCCAUCACCGCUGGCCAUCAUCACAGCAAGGCAAGGAGCACAUCCUCAAGUUGCCAUUAAACAUUCUAGAGGAUUUUUGUGGAUAUCAUCGAAAUGGAGGCACUUUAUGCAAAGCUCUAUAAAAAUUACACUAAGCUCAAGGAAGCAAAUGCAGAGAUGGAGAAGCUAAAUUGUGAACAAGAAGAGAAGUUAUUGAAUCGUAUAUCUGCUUCUGAUAAAUUGAUAGACUCCUUAAAAAGUGAAAGAGAUGAACUGUGCCAGCAAGUGCAUGAGUUGAAAAGUGAAUUGGUUUCACUGAGAGCAACCAAAGAUGAAGAGCUAAUUCGCUACCAAAAACUUUUGAGGGAAGAGAACCUGAGGAAUAAAGAUCUAUCAAUGGAAAUUGAGAAGCUUCGAACUGUUGAACAAGAGAGACAGGAUAAUAUCGUUUCUCGAGAUUAUGAAGAUGAAAGUGGACGAAAAAAUUACAAUGGGUAUGUUUCAUCUCAUGCGAGGAGGCGUCGUAGGCAAUCUCUUCCUCUUUCCAUUGAGUAUCCAGUAGACGAGACAUCCGCUGCUGCCGGGGAGGAAAUCUUGGAUGGUCUCUCAUGCGAACCUGAUAAAGAUUUAUGUAAGAUGAUAGAGGCCCCGUGCCGUAGAAGACUAAAAAAUGAUUCAGUGAAUUCAGUCUGCAUGUUUCAAGAACUGAUUGGCUGUAUAGUCGGUAUGAAAAUAUCACCACUCCAGGAAAAUGAGGAAAGUUCAAUCUCGGUCCUACACGAGCCAACUGGCUAUGCAUUUACGUUGAAGUUGAUAGACAGCUCAGGCGGGGGAGAAGCAGAAUGGGUCUACCGACUAUCAUCGCUGGGAACUCUCAAGAGUGUCUCAACCAAAUGGAUGAGAGAAAGUGUGAUCAGGUUCAGCACAAGUAUGUGCCCCAUCUUCUUCCAAAGGCUUUCCCGCGUUAUUCUGCUCUGUAGUUAGUUGCUGGCGUUGCACUUUACUCAAUCAAUCAUCUGACUGACUGUUGCCUUCUUCUUCUUCUUCUUCUUUGGAUUGAUUGCAUGCAUCUUCUUCUUUGGAUUGAUUGCAUGCAUCUUCUUCCCCCACUUUCAUGUAAAUACUCUUAAUUUUUGUCUAUCACAAGUGUACAAAGAGACCCUCAAUUUCUCACUGUCAUGUAUGCCAUUCAUUGCCCUCUUUUAUGUAGGGCCUCAUUCUCUUUGGU